UCCACAAGCUAUCUAACUUUAGAUUCUACUUUCGGUUUUAAAAAACCAUCUGACAUUUGGCAUUUGGAACAUUUUAUGUAAAUAUGUCGUUCCCGAUACAGAAGGCAUUAAAACUUGCACACUCAACGUUCUCGAAGUUGUCUAAAGGGAUUUUAUUCGAUUUAGAUUCGUUGUCACCCCUCAGAUCUCAACUGAAUCAGAUCAGAGCAGUUGAUGUUAACUUUGAACCAUCUGUCUUUCGCAGAGACCCGACGUCUUUUGACCAAGCGCCUGUAACAUACGUGAAACUGUACGAAGACAGAAUUAUAAGCGUUGGAAUAUUUGUGAUGAGAAGAGGAGCCAGGUUGCCCCUUCAUGACCACCCUGGGAUGUUUGGCUUGUGUAAAACAAUCCACGGGAAAAUGAAGGUCAAUAGUUUCAGCCAAGCAGACCUGUCUGAAGAUAAAGUACGGAAGAAAAAGAGUACACUUCCUUCGAAUAGAAUAAAUCUAGUCCCUGUCCACAGAAAAGACAGCGUGGUUUUGUCGGAGGAAGAUGAAUGCUGUGUUCUCACCCCAGAGGAAGGGAAUUACCAUGAGAUCAGCCCUGUUGGAGAUAUGGCAGCUUUCCUGGACAUUUUAGCACCUCCGUAUGACUAUAUGACCAUGACCAGAACAUGUCAAUAUUACACCCUUUUAGAAAACAAAGACAACUUUUUAGAGGACAGUGAUAAAUUGAACGAGUCUUCUCCUGUCCAGUGGUUAUGUGAAAUUCCCGAGCCCAAUGAUUUUUGGUGUGAUACUUCAGACUACACAGGGCCACCUUUAAAUGUUUUAUAAAAGACGCUUUUGUUCUUUCACAGUAUGCACAUGUUUCUUCCUUGAAAGUGCUUAAAAACAUUGAUAUUUUUUGCAACACAAUUUUCCAAAAUCCCCUUAGAGCAUUAUUGUAGAUGAUAGCAUUUCAAAACCUAUAUUUAUGCAAUUACAAUGAAUAUUGUAACAUUUUCUGAUGUUAAUAUCUGUACCUAUUUCAUAGGGGCUUUUAUGUUGUCUGGUUAUAUGUAAUAUUAUUUUAUAUUUCUUAUUUUGAUCUCUUCUUAACGUGUUGUUGUGUCAGUUAGGAUAAUAAAACAAAAACAAUUGUUUAUGGACAUGGUAGUGUCAUUUGUAAUGUUAUAUUGAAUAUUGUACUUUUCAAAUUUGGGUUUUCAUAAGAAAAAAAAAAUGCAUGAUCAAUUUUGUAUCUUUUACGGUUGGACUCUGUAUCAUGAAGGUAGUGUAACAGUAUAUAGAAUUCAUCUAAGCCAUAUACAUGUACUAGUUUCUUUGAAAAUUUUUAUUAGAACUGUUUUAACAAGAGCUUGGACUUUCUGUGGAAUGUUACUAUUUAGUUUGUUUAUCAAAAAACAUUUAAAAUGUUGACCUCCUCUUUACUAGUUCGCUAAGAGAGGCUCAGUAAUAUUCAUAGACUGUUAUAAACCGGAAUGUUGUUUGCCAUGAUUUGCUCUGCUGUGAGAAAUUGACGCGUUUCAACAAAAUUAACAUUCUUGGAUGAAGUCGGAUGAGUGUCAUUGCGUUCAGUGUAUUCAAAACUAUAAGCCAAUGACUGGACAUUAACCAUGAGUAGACCCCCAUCAUCAAACAGAGAUUGUCACAUAAUGCCUUAAGUUAAAGCUCCUGUUAAAAUGGUUCUAAGCUAGGUAUCAUUUAUUGGGAUGAGCAUGGCAUAUUUUAUCAGAGUUAGCAUAAUUAUGUAACAUUAAUUUUUUUUAAAAAUCCUUCUUUAUUUUCAUUUUUAGUUAUUCAAUCCAAUACUCUUCAAAAGUUUUAUGUGUUUACUCUUCAAAGAUUUUUUUUGUGUUUAACAGAAAUUAGAAUCAGGAAUUUAACAAUGCUCUACCUGAUAGAUACCUUGCAUUCAUUUAGAUUAAGAAAAGAAUUUAACCCCAGUCCAUUAAAUCAUGCUUAUUCUUCUUUCUUCUGAUGAUAUACUCCAUUUGUGUGAUUUGUUAAUAACUUCUUUCACUCAUAAAUAAAAAAAAGAAUCGAGCAUAUCA